GUCAUUGUAGGUAGGCGCUAAAGGAAGAGGAGCGUUAUUAACUAUGCCAUAUUCUUAGCUAUGGCAACGCGACUACUUGCAUGGACUCUCACACUCUGAACAGUACAGUUUGGCGCUGGAGCGCAUUCCGAAGCAUUAAUACCAGCUUAUUCACGUAGAGUUUGGAGCGCUUGUAGUCGUAGAGCGCGAAGGUUCUUGCAACUUUUCGCCAUUAGGAUAGCAUUUACUUGCUAGUGACCAUGCUCAAAUGGGGCGCAAAGUCUCGCGCUCGGCCUAAGUCGUACUGCGCUGAAUCGCGCAUUACCAAACACCCAGUAAGAUGUCAAGCAGCUGGCGUAUGGAACUGGACUGCCCCUUGCCGAAUGCGUCGAUCGCAGCGAUGCCCAGCCCUUGCCACGGAAACAGUCCAGGAAACCCAACUGGCGGUACCUCAAACCGACCUGUCUUGCAUCGAGCAGGAAGGUGACAGGGAACAAGCUGGACCCGGUCCGUUGAGCGCUUUUGGAGUCCCGGAUGUGUCCUUCGUCUCCCUGGUCAAAGGCAAAUACACGGUGUUCGGCCGUAUACGGCUGCGUGCCCCCGCCUCCGCCGUGUACGCAUUGCUGACAGACCACGGCAACUGCCACCGCGUGUUUUCAAACGUAGCUUCUUCGGAGGUUGUGACUGCGGAGGAGGGGGGCGAGAAGGAGGUGGUGCAGUCCUGCCGCUGGAACUUCCUCGCCUUCUCCGGCACCUUCCGCAUCCGGCUGGGAGUCACCGAACUGCCCGACUGCCGUACCCUGAGCUUCAAACUGAUCCAGUCCAGCUUCAUGAGGGACUUCGAGGGGCAAUGGGUUGUGAGGCAGGGGGGGACAUCGUCGUCAGCAGCACCUGCAGGUGCAGUAGUAGCAGCAGCAGCAGAUGUUUCUGGGAGAGGAGGGGUGGAGGAUGAGGAGGAAUGGUGUGAGGUGGAGCACGUGCUGUCUGUCGUACCUGCGG